AUGCUCUGCGAUGAUCACAAAGAAAAGCAAGAUUCCUUGCAAAAAGGAUACAACUACGUGGAGUGCGGGGAUCUGAAGGAAAUCGAUGUGGAUGUUGAUGCUCUUGAUAAUGAGCAUGUUUGUCAGGCCAGACUCACGGCGAGGGGAGGAAGUGAGUGGACAUCUGAGAGUGUGGUGGAGGAGGAGGAGGAGGUCAAAGAGCCGGAGAUAGCGAAUGAGAAGAAGAAAGGCGGAUGUGUAGGAAUGUAG